AUGCACAACAACCCACAAGCUGUCGACUUCCUCGACAACAUGAAGAGUCAAUUCCAGGAGGAUGGAGCGGGGAGAUAUGAAUCGUUUCUUGGGAUUAUGAAGGAUUUCAGGAGCAACGCGAUCGACACCCGUGAGGUGCUAGUGCGGGUAUGCAGCGUGCUCAACGGAUACCCAGAGCUCGUCAGAGGGUUCAACUCGUUCCUGCCAGAGGGGUACCAGCUGGAGCCCUCAGACCCGAACCGCGAGCGGGACCGCAUCCCCUCGAUCACGAUUAACACACCAAAGGAGACCACGGUCUACCCGCGAGAUUACAGACACAACAUGACGGGAAGCAUCCCGCCGCGCUUGCUCAAAUCGCAAUACUACUAG